AUGUCUUCUUGGAUGAGUAAGAUCACCUGUCAACUUACGGGCUUCCCACGCACUUGUUUUGAUGUUGGCUUAAGUGUAGAAAAUAAAUAUGAUGGCGGGAAUUCCGAAUCUACAGGUUGCAACGAUAGAUAUUGUUAUGAUGAUGGUUACUGUGGUGGAGAUGGUGAUAAUGACGACAAUGAUGGUGAUGAUGGUCGUAAUGGUAAUGUGAAUAGUGAUGACUGUGAUAGUGGUGGUGGUGGUGGUGUUGGUGGUGUUGGUGAUGGUAGUGGUAACAAUACUGGUGGUGAUGAUGGUACAUGGCGGUGUGAUAACGACGACGACGACGAUGACGAUGACGAUGGUAAUGAUGGCAUUGGUGGAGAUAAUGUUGGUGAGAAUAGUGGUAAUGCUAAUGUCAAUAGUGCUGAUGGUGACGAUGAUGGUAGGGAUAAUCAAAGUGAUGAUGAUGAUGAUGGUGAUGAUGAUGAUGAUGAUGGUGAUGAUGAUGGUGAUGAUGAUGAUGAUGGUGAUGAUGAUGGUGAUGGUGCUGAUGAUGAUGAUGAUGAUGAUGAUGUUGACGGCAAUGAUUAUGAUGACGGUUGUGAUGAUGGCACCGUUGUUGUUGGUGGUGGUGGUGGUGCUAACUGUAAAGAUGGUAGUGAUGAUGGUGAUAAUUAUGUUUGUGAUGGUGUUUGGAUAUCAUGGUUGUGA